AUGGUCACUCAGGGGAGACUCUGUCCAUCAGGGCCCUCGGGAACCUCAAUGGGGCCGUCACUGCAUUAACUUCCUCUCUUUAAAAAGGGACUUCCUAUGUCCUGAAGUCGUUCAGGCGACGGUCUUGUGGUUCAAAUCGCUUCUGAAAGUGUGGAAUGUAAAUCCAAACCGACUGGAGGGGACACCACUUGAGAAUCAGCCUGAUGGUGUUUUCUGAUUUAGGCAACAAAAAGAUUUGACUGUGUACUGAAGAUGGAGAGCACAUUUGAAGUUAUCCUAAAUACUCAGUUGAAACAGAAAGACCCAAAAGAGGCCAUAUCAAUUGCCAUCUCAGCCCGGGCUCUCUUUGAUAUGGAAGAAGAGCAUGAAUUGUUCUUGACAGAAGGAGAAGAAGAGUUUGUAAGCCAUCAAAUCACCAAUGAAAACAUACCACUACAGGAGGGCAUUGUUGCUCCAUUUGUCAAGGCGAUUCAAAUGGUAAAUAACAAGUUAUUGGCGAGAGAUCCAGAAGAAAAGCAACUCUUUGAAAUUAUACUUCUGUCAACUCACAGUGCUGAAGGUGGAGUGCGGAUCAUUAAUAGUGUAAAUCAUUAUGGUUUGGAGAUUAGCAAAUUUUGCUUUCUGGGGGGAAAAGAUCCUGCAAAGUACCUACAUUCAGAAGAUGUGAAGCUAUUCCUUUCAGCAUGUGAAACAUCAGUGUGCAAUGCACUAAAGAAAGAUAUUCCUGCAGCUCUUGUAAUACAGCAAAAGAGUCAGAUAAAAGAAAGUCAACUUAAGGUGGCAUUUGAUGGGGAUUCAGUGUUGUUCUCAGGUGAGACUGAUACUGUAUUCCAUGAGAAAGGUCUGGACGAGGUAAUCAAGUACGAGAAGGACAUGGAGCAUGUUCCUAUUGGAGAGGGCCCCAUGAAGAAAUUUGCUAUGAUUCUUGGAGAGAUGAAGAAGAAGUUUAGUCCAGAGAAUGAUCCGAUCUGCACGUAUCUGGUGACGGCAAGAAGUGGCAACAAGCUGGGUAUCCGAGCCAUUAAAACUCUGCGUAGCUGGGGACUCAAGAUAGAUGAAGCUUUCUUUAUGGCAGGGAGUCCAAAAGGUCCACUUUUAGCCCACAUCCAACCUCACAUUUUCUUUGAUGAUAAUGCACGUAAUAUCAAAGGAGCACGUGAAUAUGGAAUUCCAGCAGCCUUUGUGCCAUGUGGCUGUGAAUAGUUUGAUAUAAUACUUUCCUUUUCAUAGGCAGUGGCAGUGGUAUGGGCUAGCAUUAUAGGAUAGCUUUUUUGAUUUCUUACUGUAAAGGUAGAGCCUUGCUAGCCAGUCUUGUCACAGCCUGUGAUGCAGGAUAAGAAGUAUUGGUUGAAUGGGAACCAGAAUGCAGAAAUGUCGAUGAGCUCUAUAUGCACAAAUUGCUAAUAUGCACUUACAACAGUUGAGGAUUAUCAGAAAAGGCGCACAUUUGAAAACUUUACCUUUGUAUAUUAAAGCCUUCAAUCCCAAUACAAAUUAAUUUCACUUGCUGAAGAGCUCUAGUAAAAAAAAUUUAACUCUUUGUUUCAUUCCAGCACUUGCAACUUUCACAUUGUGAUCACACAAUUCUUAAAAAUCUAAUUUUAAAAAGAAAUCAAAUGCUGUCAUCAGAAAGUUACUGUCCUCAGUGAUACAAUUAAAUGCAGCGAUUUAACAUAUUGAAGAUGGUGAUUUUCAACAUUGGUUAUGAACUGUUUUUGUUUAACCUUGAGGCUUUUUUAUCCAUUUAGGUUUUCUGGAAUUCAACUAGUUUGUCUCAAGUUUUCCUAAAUUUAGGAGCUGUAUACAGUUGCACCAAGGUGGAUAGAAAGAGAACCUAACUCCCUAGUCUGAAGCUUGGUGUCAAAUUCUUGAUCGUCUGGCAAAAGUGUUGUUUGUAAUUCUGGAAAUUUUGGGAAGUAUUUUAAAUGGCAGCCCAUUAAAAUAUUAAUCAAAUUUCAAGGGCAUUUUAAUUCCAUACACUGUGGCAGAGCAUUGGUUAAAAUUGAGAAGCACAUUUUUGAGCUUUAAUCUCACACUUUAAAGUGUUUUAAUGUUGGGUGUUUGCAUGCUUCAUUAUAAUAUGGUAAUCAGGGUCCUAGGACUAUGAGGUGAUUUUAAAAAUUUCCUGGCCAGACCAAUGAAAUUUGUCCAGGCCUGGUGAAGGCCCUCAAAAAGGAAGUAAGGUAUUUUUCUUGUGGGGCCAAGAUAAGCAGCAAUCUUCCCAAACUCCUCUGACCAGCUCCCCUGUGUUACAGGAAAGCAACCGACCACUAAGAUCUUAAGUUCUUCCAGGCCUUCCAUGGAGACACAUUACUCCUCCAAUUCUGAUUUUCCACAGUAAGUUAAAGGCCACACACUUCAAUGCAGAUAUUUAUCAAUAAGCCAGCACAAAGGGAAGAGAACCCACUGCUGGAAAUGUGCUCCAGUGCGGAGUUUUCUUUUAAAUAGAGUGACAGUUGCUUAUACAUGGAACAGUUCCUCCUCUGUAGAACCCUGUAUAUUCUCCAAUUUGCCAAUAAACAUUAAAGCUGGAGAGUCUGGUGAGCAGUACUACAUGUGAAAUUCUAUGAAGUUUGCAGUUAUGCUAACACAAAGAUUGUGCAGUGGUUUGGUUACAGGAAGGAACCCAGGCUUUGGUUUACACCAUCCUACUGUAUGUGAUUAACUGUUGCACUGCUCGAUUACAGGUUGCACAGGCCUCUGUAAUGGAGAAUAUUUUAAAAGCUCAACUGUAUUAGUCUAAGAUGAUACAUGGAACUGUCAUUAUUGCUCCUUUACAUGCUCUGGUUGUUUCUAUGUCAAUCAUGUGAUAGUAUAGUUUUAUAUAUUAUAAUUCUGAAGCUGUACAGAGUUCUUUUGGGUUUCAGUUGUACUCACUUUAUGUUUAUAAUGCUGACAACCUGUGUCUAAUUUAGGGAUAGGUGUUACUGAUACUUGAUAGCAAUAUAAUGCCUUUGUGAUCUCUUAAGAUGUACAGAAUACAAAUUGGGCUGGCAAUAGAAAUUGGAGCUAAAUUGUUACAUUUAGGAAAUGAGCUAAAUGAGCUCAACCCACAGGCUACUUGCAUAUCGACUGCAUGUAUCUGUAGAGAGGCUAGAUUAGACAUACAGCUUACCCUUCUAUUAAUAGGUUCCAUGUAGGCUUUGUGAAAAUAAGUAUCUGAAUAUGAAAUGUGCCUUAUUCUGUAUCUUCAUGUAUUGUAGAUCUGUUUAGUGUUUAUAUCCUACUUUUAUAUAUUUACAGAUUCUUCCCCUCACAUGAUAGUUCAUGAGUUUGUGCUCUAUAGGCAAAACUGAAUGGAUCGCUCAAGUGAUAUGGUUGAUCUCUGUUCUGUGUUGAAUUAGGUAAUCUAGACUGGCGAGAAAUGAAGAUGCUACAGUUUGCCAUAAUAUACCUAGAUUAGGGAGGAAGAUGUUGGCUUGGGUUUUUCCCAAUCACUAUCUGGUAAUUCUUCCAGAGAGUACAUUGGCAUUAAAAGUCAAGCGAAGAUGAUCUGAGUACUAGUUAUAUUUCUGUCCCCAUGAUGAACGACUUAGCAUGUAUUGAUAGGUUUGCAUAUGGAGAGUGAUUUGUUUCACGCUCAGAAGAUGGUUGUUUUCAUGCAAUCAUAUGUCAGAAGGACGCAAAACAUUUUUGACAGAGAAGGGAGCAGUGAAUAUCAAUCAACCAUCAUAAAUAGCAACAUUUCAUUAUUGUAGCAACUGUUGUCAAUGAGGAACUGAACUAUCAGAGUAUGUCCAAAAAUGCAAUUAAAUAUUACAAAAUUUCAAGUUCAAGUUUCAGAGUGAAUUCUCAACAAUAUCAUCACAUAUUUUCCUUGCUGAAUGAUUGUAACUAUUUGUGUUAGAGAAAAGACUAGUGAAUUGAAAUUGAUAAAUUAUUUUAAGAUAAAACCAAAGAGGUUUUUUGUGUUUUCUUUAGUAUAUGAAGGAUUUUAAGACUCCACAGAGUCCUGUCUACAUGGUGGUAUCUUGCAAGUUCAUGUCUUGAGAGACUUUGUAUUAUUAUUUAUGCAGGUUGAUGCAAUUGGUCUUAGAAUUCUCAAUUCAUGUGGCAGAAGGAGGGAUGGUUGCAUAUUAAAAAAAAAAGGCAUUUUCUGUUUUACAGAAAUUGAUGAAGGUUAUAUUGUCACUAAGAGAUAAAGAAGGAUGAUUGUCUCACUUUUUAAGCAUGUAACUGUCACAUUUCAAUUAAGCUUUGUUAGGAGGGGCAACUCCAAGGUUUUCUUGAGUGGAAGAGAGUGGAGUUUAUCAUCUUUAAACCUAAGGAAAAUAGGAAAAUGCAGCAUUAAACACACAAACACAGGUAAUAAACUUAAAAAGAUGAGGGAGGUGGCUGUGCAGACGGAAAAAUAAAGGUAGUUGCAGUUAAAAGUGUUUAAUGUCCUUGAGCUGAGAGUGAAACCCGAGUCCUGGUUGCUUAGCUAUUGUCCUGUUCUCUUAGAAAUGGCACAGUUUGCAGAUUUGAUUUCUCAGUGACUUGAGUUUUUUCUAAGUUACCUUUUCAUUGGCUCUAAUUUCUGAGAUGAAAAGGGAGAGCAAAUUUUGAUAUCCUUGCAGUUAUCAGUGCAUGUUGCUUUUAUUCUGUUUUGUUGCUCAAAGGCUGUUAUUGAUAUACCUGUUCCUUUGCAGAUUCUGAUUUCUGUGUCAUUGUUAAGCUGGAUAGCUAUGGGCAACAUUUUAUCACUCAGUAUGUGCAGUUAUCCAGCAAGUGUGUGUAAAACAAGAAAUGUGAAUUUUAUGAUGCCUCGCUGAGUUUCAGUGUCUCUCAGCUACAAUUGUAUUUCCAACGUGGCUGGCUUUAUAUAUUUCAUACGGGUUGCCUGGGCUUGUCAGGUGAUCAAAGCAGCCAAUUAUGUCUGUCAAUUUUUUUACAACCAUUUUAAUCCAUAAAUGUCCAUGGUAUUAAAGUCAAAUAGUAAAAGUUGAAUGUUGAUAGUCCAUUUUCAUUAUGUUAGUAACAAUUUCCACAAGCUGCAACAAACUUUUCCAACUUCUAACUUUAAGGUUAUGGAGUAACAAAAUGGAGAUACGAUUAAUAACUUUUCUAUUUUCCUACUGUUCCGACUUCCUUUCUCGAGAUAUUAAACCUGGGCAUUUUGUUCACUGUCAGACCUUGCUGUAAUUUUAAAAUUAUGAAUUGCUUAAGCAUAUUACUAAUGAACAUUUUAAGUUUAAACAAAAUAGCACAAAAAAUACAGACUGCAAUAUAGCUUGUUGUUUGUGGACUAAAAGAUGUCAUAUGAAUCUUGCAUUUGAAACACUAUUACAAGACCAUAACAUACAAUAGGUUAGAUGAUGUAAGCUCAAAGCCAAAGUGCCAACUAAGCUAGAUAAUCUAGAUUUAGUUCAGCAAAAUAAUUGUGCACUUAAAUCUACAGUCAUGAGGGCUGUAUAUUUAAUAAGGUUGAGAUUGUACUGUUGCUAUCAAUAUUCGUAAGUUUUCAUCUUGAGGGAAAAUAAGUUGUGUAAAUAUGAGGAAUAGAGUUCUUGUACGAUAGUACACCUUGUAUAUUUGGAGAAUAGUGUUCUGGCAGAAAAUAACACACCCUUGUGUGCAAUAUUACCCUUUCAUAUGUGUAGAGUAAUAGCAAGCUCUAUACAUAUGACAGGGUAAUAUUGCACACAAGCCCAGAUAUUUCAUUAUCUUAUGGGAUGAAAUUGGGGCACUUAGCUGGAUAUUCAUGCACUGCCUGUACUUCUGCCCGUUUAUGAGUACAAUUGUGAACUUCUACUGAGAAAGCAUGAAAUUCUCCACUCUGUACUGGUGUUAACUUAGAGAGACACUUUUUCUAAGUAACAGCAGAGAUCCUGUCAGAUAACCCAAGUGCUCUGCUUGCUAUGUAGGCCACACUAAAACACAUAAAAGAGCAAUUGAUACAAGAUGGAUGGAUUUAAUUUGCAUUUGUUGCCAAACAUGAUAUAUUUGUUCAAAAAGUCUUUCAAAUCCUUGCAUUUAUUGGCCAAAGUCUGUUAACCCUCCCAUGAAUCAGUGAGGGGCUGCACCACUGAUGUAGAGUUUGCUAUUACUCUAAAUUCCACCACUUCAGGUGAGUGGUCAGUCUUUUUUUUAGUGCUUCCAGGAACAUAAGCAACCACACUUUAAUGACCGUGUCUACAGGAUUUGGGUCAGUUGAUAGUGGGAUAAAAGCAGUGAAUGUCGUUGUGUCUGGUGUAGGCACCAUCAGAAUUCAUGCUGUUGUUUAUUUAUAAUGGUGGAAAAUUAGCACAUGCUGUAUGCACAUUAUCUGAGCACAUCACCGUCCUGGUUUUAUCUCUAAUAAAAAAAAACAGGGAGAACAUGGAAACUCUGUUUUUCAGUAUCUACAGUGUUUUCAUAAUUUUAAGUGUUGUGCCCUGACUCAUGUUUUCUGAAUGAAAGUUACUGGGAAUUAGGCUUUAUUUUUAUCAGUAAAAGUUCUGACAAACGCUUUCUCUAAAAUAGGUUUCCAUGCAAAAUGUAAUUCUAUUCAAUGAAAUUAUGCAAUGCUAUUCAAUACUAAAAUGUCAUCAUUAGCUAAUCAUGUAAGCAGUACAAUUCGUUAUGCAGAAAUGUUGUCUUUGCAAGUAUACAUAUAAAGCUGGGAGGUAACCAAAAUCAGGUGCUUUAAAAUUUUCUCCAAGAUUUGUGAACAAUUUAUUUAUACUGCAAUUUAUCAUACAUUAGCUUUUAUGAGGUUUUAUGUGUAUUUGGAAAAGGCUAAGGGCAUGGAUUGCUAUUUAUUCUGUACUAUACAAACAAUGAGUUGAUGCAUACUGUCAACAUUCACA